CUCUGCCCCCCCGGGGACAGCCGCGAGCCAGCCGCUAGCUGCUCCGGCGCUCGGGCAAGGACGGCGGUAGGGGCCGGCGGUCCCGGGGGCGCCGCGUUAGGCUCAGCCUCCUCGGGGCUGGGCCGGAGCCGGGCGGGCGGCGGGGGCACCCGUGCCAUGGUGGCCGGGGUCUAGGCGCCCCCGCGGAGCCGCGCUCCCCGCCGGCGAGGGCCGAGGGAUGGCCGCCGGCGGAGGGGGGUGUGAGCCCGGCGGCCGGUCCAGGAUGGAGAACUUCCGAAAGGUGAGGACGUCGGAGGAGGAGAGCCCCUCGCCCUUCCCCGACCUGCCGCCCGGCGUGGUGGAGAUGAAGGUGAAGGAGGGCAGCAAGAUCAGGAACCUGAUGGGCUUCGCCAUGGCCCAGAUGGAGCUGAAGGGCAGCCGGCAGAUCGUCUUCAGCGGCUGCGGCAGGGCGGUCACCAAGACCAUCACCUGCGUGGAGAUCAUGAAGCGGAAGCUGGGGGGGCUCCACCAGGUCACCAAGGUACGCUACCAAACGCUGCUGGAGGUGUGGGAGAACAAGGACCCGCUGCCCGGCGCCCCGGCCCAGCACCUCACCGUGCACAAGAACGUGCCCUCCAUCUGCAUCCUGCUCUCCCGCGACCCCCUGGACCCCACCCAGACGGGCUACCAGCCGCCCGAGCCCGGCGAGGGGCCGCGGGCCGAGGCCGGCCCGGCGGGGGCCGAGGCGCCGGGCUCCUCCAAGGCGCUCAAGAGAGCCCUGCCGCCUCCCGGCGAGCAGCUGGCGAGCAAGAGGGCGCAGGGAGCCGAGGGCCUCCCGCCCCAGCAGCGCCGCUGACGCCCCUCCGCGCGGCCCGGGGGGCGUCGGGGGGGCGCUGAGCCCCCGCGCGUGGGGUCCGGCCGAGGCACGUCGAGACGUCGGCGGCUGCGCGGGCGUGGAGGGGCUGCCCCGAGGGGAGGCGAGGCGAGGCGAGGCGAGCCGGGCAGCGAGGAGGAGGAGGAGGAGGUGGAGGAAGCAGGGAGCCGUCUUGUUUCGCCACGACCUUGUUAUCUCCCCCGGCAGACAGCUGCUCCUCGGGCCCGAGGCUCCCGCUUAUCUGCCCCGCCACAGAUUGAGCCGCUCCGCUUAUCUGCUGCCGUGUAAUUGAAUAUUAAUUCCUGAUUGUUGUUUUUUUUA